AUGUCAAAGUUUGCGCCCCACAGAAGGUCCGCCAACCAGCCGAAAGCGACAUCGUCCACUGUCUGUCAAAAAUGCCUGGAAAGAGGACACUUUACUUAUGAGUGCAAAGGCGCUCGCCCAUACAUUUCCCGUCCGUCACGAACGCAACAACUGGAAAACCCUCGCCUGAGGGCAAAAGCGACGCCCACCGUUGAGGUUCCAGAAGAAUUCAAAAGACCGGCAGGCAUUGCUUCCAAGAUUUUGGAGGAGAAGGAGAAAGAACGAGCUAAAGAGGAAAAAGGAAAGGCGAAAGAAAGCGAACGGGGACGGAAAAGGUCUCGUCGUUCGAGGUCCUCAAGUUCUUCCAGUUCAUCAUCCACCGAUUCUGAUUCAGACUCUGAUUCCGAUUCGAGGAAAGAGGCCGCAAGCGACGAAGGCGGAGCAGAAGCGAGUCCUCAUCAAGCUUUAAUUCUUCUCGUUCUCGGUCGAGAUAUCGUUCACGCUCGCCGCCCAGUUUCCGCUCUCGUUCAAGAGGAAGAAGUCCCCAUCCAAGGAGCCCCCACUCUGAUGAUUCCAGGCGGAGUGACCACAUCGACGGGCAUCCUCGUCACACCUUCCAUCUCCCAAGUUGGCACGGUGUGA